GUCUAGGGCAGAGUGUGACAAAGACCUGCUAAUCCCUCCACAGCUGCUGGAGAUGCCAGAGGGCCCAUCAGUGAGGAAAUUCCAGCUGCUGACCUCCCCUUUUGUGGGACAAGUGGUGGUCAAGGUGGGGGGAAGCAGCCAGAAGCUCAAUGUCAAUGACCUGAAUGCCCUGAGGCUCCAGGACUCCCAGGUUCAUGGGAAGAACUUGUACCUGGCAUUUGUGGCAGCUGAAGGACCCUUAGGAGCAGCUGCAGGAGAGACAGCGCCGCAGAGAGAGGCUGAUUGCUGGGCACACUGUCCUGCCCAGGGACAGCAAGGACAGGCUGGUGCUCCACAGCCCCGUUGCCAGCAUGAGGAGCUGCAGCAGCCCCAGCACUCAAGAUCUGAAGCCCCAGAGGCAGCAGAGGGUCGGGGCAGUUGGCUGCGCAUCCACUUUGGCAUGUUCGGCAGCGUCCGGGCAAACGAGUUCUCGAGGGCAAGCAGAGCCAAUAAAAGGGGGGACUGGAAGGAUCCUGUGCCCAGGCUGGUUCUGCACUUUGGGAGUGGAGGCUUCCUUGUUUUCUACAACUGCCGGAUGCUGUGGUGCUCCUCUCCGAGGGCUGACCCUGCUUCUGACAUCCUGUCUGUGGAAUUCCACCGUGGCCGGGCGCUGCGUGCCCUCUGUGCACCCGAUCCCAUCUGCUACACGCUCCUAGACCAAAGACAUUUUUCAGGGCUGGGGAACAUCAUUAAGAAUGAGAUCUUGUACCUGGCCAGGAUCCACCCAUUAACACCAGGCUCCCUCUUGGCUCCCUCAGAUCUGGAGCAUCUGCUGGACCGUGCCAUUCAGUUCAGCUCUGAGUGGCUGCACAACAAACUGCGUGGCCAGGGGCUGCACCCCCAGGUGUACCAGAAGGAGCAGUGUCCCCUGGGGCAUCCCCUGAGGAAGGGCACUUUUGGACCCUCGGGUGGCUUCAAGAGACUGACGUGGUGGUGCCCUCAGUGCCAGCCUGCAGUGCUGCCAGGGGAUGGGGACUCUUCCCCAGUCCCUGAGUGACCUGUCCUCAGGGUGCUGGCUGCUCUCUGAUCCAUCCUCUUCCUUGUCCUAGAAAUGGUUUUUUUUUGAGGCUGUUGAGUUUGGUCCUUAGGGAGCUGGCAGAGUUAAGCACUCAGUGGAGGUCACCCGCAGAAAGGAAAAAGUGGAUUUUCACUAUUUUGUUGUUGUUGUCAGGGUGGCACAGCAGUGUAAAGAGUUUGACCAGCUCUAAGGUGUUUUGGUUGCCCUGUUCAGGUGGCAGUGGAUGGGAAGUGUAAAGGGUUGAGCAGGGGAUUGCUGUAGUCUGAAGUGACCCUGUCCCUUGACCCUGGAGGAGUCAGCAAAACAGAGGAGCUCUCUCUGCUUAAACAGCUUGAUUAAUUAGGAAUUAAAUAAUCCUGCCUCUGGAGCUGAAUCCUGUGUGCUGGGUCUGUGGUUGGGUGUGGCUAAACAUGAGGGGCUGUUCCCUUCGUCAGAUCUGACAGGAACAUCUUCUUCCUUCCAUGUCAGUAUAUCAACAUAUACAAAAUAUAUGUUAGCAGUGCUUGGUGCAGCACAUCUCUACACCCACAGGCUUAAUCUUUGUGGCAAACUGCCAAUCCAGAUCUCACUGUAAAAAUACUAAAAAAGUGUGACAGUGUUGCAAAAGCUCAGAAUCUCCAAGGAAACCUGAAAGCAAAAAGAUUUGGAAAUAGAGCUGUGUCUCUAUACAUAAGAUGGGAACUGCUGCUGUCCUCUCUCCCUGGAUUUGAGUUUAUCUUAAGUUGUUGACUUGAGCAAAAAAAUAAAAGCUGGAAUUGG